AUGGCGACUCCCCAAUCCAAGAAGCGCCUUGCGCUUGCCAUUCUCGAUUUCCUCCAGACCUCACAGACGGACGGAUCGGUAGCACCCGACGACGCAGAGCAGCUCGAAGUGGCGGCAAAUUGCAUCGCCGAAGCCUUCAAAGUCGACGUCAACGAUGAGGCGGCAAAGAAGGACGCACUAGGCGGCCAAAACCUACUCGCCAUAUACAAUGUAUAUGAGAAGCUCAAGGGCAAGACAACGGCCACCACUGAGGGAAGCUCGUCGGCACAAGAAGCACGCCCCGCCACACCCCAGGUACCACCUGCUGGCGCCUCAGCAACAGGACCCAACAAGCAGGAAGCAGAGCGGCUCAAGGGUUUGGGCAACGAGGCGAUGAAGAAGAAGGACUACGACGGCGCAAUCAAGCACUACACAGCUGCUCUUGAAAUCGUCCCCCUGAACCCAAUCUACCUCUCCAACCGCGCGGCCGCCUACUCAGGUCAAGGCAAGCACGAACUUGCAAAAGAGGAUGCGGAAAUGGCCGUUGCUGCCGACCCCAGCUACUCCAAAGCAUGGUCGCGCCUCGGUCUCGCAAAGUUCGUCCUCGGCGACGCAAAGGGUGCGAUGGAGGCCUACAAGUCCGGCAUGGAUGCCGAGGGCGGCGGCUCAGAGGUCAUGCGCAAGGGCUACGAGACGGCGAGGAAGAAGGUCGAGGAGGAGGGCGGAGAUGUUGGCGCGCUAGGCGAUGAUAUGGCACGCGGCGCGGCAGGUGGAGGCGGUGGUAUGCCCGAUCUUUCGUCCCUCGCAGGCAUGCUGGGCGGUAUGGGCGGAGGCGGAGGCGGAGGCGGCAUGCCCGACCUUGCUGGCCUCAUGCAAAACCCGAUGAUGAGGCAGAUGGCGCAGAACUUGAUGAGCAAUCCCGACAUGAUGAAUAAUCUCAUGAGUAAUCCGAGGAUAGCGGAGAUGGCGCAGCAGUUUGGUGGUGGUGGUCGUGGGGGCGGUGGCGGCGGCGGCGGUAUGCCAAAUAUGCAGGAUCUCAUGAACGAUCCUAAUCUUGCAGAGAUGGCACGCAACUUCAUGGGCGGAGGUGGUGCGGGCGCAGGAGCUGGUCGAGGAGCAGGCCGUGGCGCAGGACAAUAA